ACAGUAUGAAAGUAUUCUUGGACUAGUAAAAAGCAUUGAUCUUUCGAGCAAUAAAUUGACUGGGGAAAUUCCUAGAGAAAUCAUGGAACUUAAUGGAUUGAUUUCUUUGAAUCUCUCAAGAAAUCUUUUAACUGGAAGAAUCCCUUCAGAGAUUGGUUUGUUAGAGUCAUUAAAUUCCCUAGAUCUAUCAAAGAACCAGUUGUGUGGUGGAAUUCCUUCAAGCAUUUCUCAAAUUAAUUCUCUAAGUUUCUUGAACUUGUCGAACAAUAACUUGUCAGGUGAAAUUCCAACUGGUCCUCAACUUAAUACCUUCAGUGCCACUUCAUAUGAAAUGAACCCAAAUCUUUGUGGAUUUCCACUUCCAAACAAAUGUUUAGGAGAAGAAAUGACUCAAAACUCAGUUGAGAAUAGAGGCAGUGAACGUGCUAGCAUACAAGAGGAGGAAGAUGGGUUUAUAACAAUGGGGUUUUAUGUUAGUAUGGCCCUCGGAGUUGUUGUUGGUUUUUGGGGAGUUUUUGGCACAUUACUACUAAACAAGUCAUGGCGGUUCUCCUAUUUCAAGUUCUUGGACAUUGUCAAAGAUAAGAUAUAUGUGACGGGCAGUGAAUAUGAAUAA